AUGAUCGAAACCAUCAUUAGCAUCGCGUUCUACAUCUCCACCGCCAUAACCCUCUUGAUCUGCAUGCUCCCAUCGCAAUAUGGCACCACUACAAAAGACAAGCCCAUCGCAAAAGAUGACUCCCCGUCAAAAACAAACGCCCAGAUCCUCGUCCUGGGCGACAUCGGUCGCAGUCCGCGCAUGCAGUACCACGCCCUCAGCAUCGCCCGCGGAGGGGGUCAAGUCGAUAUAAUCGGAUAUCACGAAUCCGAACUCCACCCCGACAUCUCAUCUCACCCCCGGAUAUCCAUCGUCGCCCUCCCCCCUCACCCCGCCUACCUACAAACUAGCCACAAGCUCCUCUUCCUGCUCUUCGCCCCGUUGAAGGUCCUCUUCCAAGUCGCUUGUCUGUGGACGGCAUUGGCAUACCGCACCAAGCCUGCCAAAUGGCUCCUCGUUCAGAAUCCCCCGUCGAUUCCCUCCCUGGCCAUCGCGUCUGCGGUGUGCUUCCUGCGCCAGACGUUCCUGGUCAUUGACUGGCAUAACUUCGGAUAUACGAUUCUGACGCUGAAGCUCGGAGACGGACAUCCGUUGGUGCGCAUUUCCAAGUGGUAUGAGCGGAGAUUUUGCAGGUCUGCGACGGCGCAUCUGUGUGUCACGUCCGCCAUGGCGUCUGUUUUGAGGAAGGACUUCCGUCUCCAGGCUCCUGUUCUGCCUCUGCAUGAUCGACCUGCUAGCCAUCUUCGACCAAUCGCGGAUACGAACAUCAGACGGGAAUUCCUCGCCGCGCUGCCAGAAGCACAAUCGGUGCGGCCGCUUAUACUCUCCGGAAACAUUCGAGUGCUGGUCAGCUCGACCUCCUGGACCGCAGACGAAGACUUCUCCCUUCUCAUCGACGCCCUCUGUCGCUACUCAGAGCUGUCAAAGACCAGCAAGCCGGUAUUACCGCCCAUCCUGGCGAUCAUAACAGGCAAAGGCCCACAGAAGGAAAUGUACGUGAACCAGAUCGCGGAACUCGAGCGAGCAGGCCGGCUCGAGAACGCCACUAUCCGCACUGCCUGGCUGAGCACACCCGACUAUGCGCAGCUCUUGGCCUCCGCGUCGCUGGGCGUCAGUCUGCACACUAGCAGCAGCGGUGUUGACUUGCCCAUGAAAGUAGUCGAUAUGUUCGGCGCUGGCUUGCCGGUUGUCGGCUGGAACCGCUUCGAGGCGUGGCCGGAGCUCGUCACGGAGGGUCUGAACGGGAAGGGCUUCGGUAGCUCUGAGCAGCUGGUAGAGCAGCUCGUUGAGCUCUUCGGGGACCCGUCCAAACUGGAGACCUUGCGCACUGGUGCGCUCGAAGAGAGUAACCGUCGCUGGGACGACGAGUGGAACCCCGUAGCCGGGAAGCUGCUGGGGUUGUACCCAGCAUAA